GAGCGCCCCUCUUUUGCCCGCCGUCGACGGCGUCACACUCAGGCCAACUCAUCUCUCGAGAGCCCACCUCGAGCUCGGCGGCCCCUUUCCGUUCCGACCCACUCAACGCAACAUCAUCUCCACCAACUCGAGACUGGAGCGGCGAGGGCCACGCACGCCUCGCGCAUGUCGCAGCCAAUCGUCUCUCCGUUACCACUGCCCGUGAUCACCACCACCACCAACGUCUACGCCGCCACUUAGCAGCCGCCGCCAUCACUAUGGAGGAGCUAGGCAUCACCAGCGUCUCGACGUCAGCGGACCCGGCUCUGGCCAGCGCCGUCGACGACCAGACGCGCGUCCACAUCGAGGCUCAGCAGGAGGAUGACACAUUUCUCAGAUUCAAGAAGCUCCAGCAGCACCUCGAGUUCCUCGACACCAUGACUGAAUACGUCAAGGAGGAGCAACGUAACCUCAAGCGUGAGCUGCUCCGCGCCUCCGAAGAAGUCAAGCGCAUUCAGUCAGUCCCACUUGUCAUCGGCCAAUUCCUCGAGCCCAUCGAUGAGCACACAGGCAUCGUCGGCUCGACUACGGGCAGCAACUACGUGGUCCGCAUCCUCUCCACACUCGACCGCGAGCUGCUGAAGCCAUCCAGUUCCGUCGCUCUGCAUCGCCACUCCAAUUCGCUCGUCGACAUCCUGCCUCCCGAGGCAGAUUCGAGCAUCUCGAUGCUGGGCCAGCACGAGAAGCCUACAGAGACGUAUGCGGAUGUGGGAGGGCUGGACGUACAGAAGCAGGAGAUCAGAGAGGCGGUCGAAUUGCCCCUUGUGCAGUUCGAUCUCUACAAGCAGAUCGGAAUCGACCCGCCCCGCGGUGUCCUCCUCUACGGCCCUCCGGGUACGGGGAAGACGAUGCUCGUCAAGGCGGUGGCAAACGCGACUACCGCCUCCUUCAUUCGAGUCGUUGGGUCAGAGUUCGUGCAAAAGUACCUCGGUGAAGGGCCGAGGAUGGUCAGGGAUGUGUUCAGGCUGGCGAGGGAGAAUGCGCCCGCCAUCAUCUUCAUUGAUGAGAUUGAUGCGAUUGCCACGAAGCGUUUCGAUGCGCAGACGGGUGCGGAUAGAGAGGUGCAGCGUAUCUUGUUGGAGCUGUUGAACCAGAUGGAUGGGUUCGACCAAGACAGCAACGUCAAGGUCAUCAUGGCAACAAAUCGAGCAGACACUUUGGACCCGGCCUUGCUUCGUCCAGGUCGUCUCGACAGGAAAAUCGAGUUCCCCAACCCCUCUCGCCGAGAGAAGCGCCUCAUCUUCCAGACUAUUGCUGGCAAGAUGUCACUCUCGCCCGAAGUGGACUUGGAGGACUUUGUUUCUCGCCCGGAGAAGCUCAGCAGCGCAGACAUUGCCUCGAUCUGCCAGGCUGCGGGACUGCAAGCGGUUAGGAAGAACCGAUAUGUGAUCCUGCCAGAGGACUUUGAGGAGGCCUGGAAGCAGUGCGUCGGUGGCAAGGGCCAGUCGGAUAAGCCGGACUUCUACAGGUAGUCAGUGGACUGCCAACGAUGAAAUGACUACCACUAUCUUCACGACUGCUGAACGAGCUGAAGUGAAUGUCUGUGAUUUCUGUGAGAGGUGCCUGCCCUCUACAGAUUGUGCUCCUCAUCCUCCUCAUCCUCAUCGUCAUCACGGCGCAUGCUGAUCGUGACUCCACUGGUGUGGCUCUCAUCUGCUCCAUCCUCCUCCUCGCCAUCCUCGCCUCCAUUGCGUCCCUCUGCCCGCCCGCGCAGAUUCGGGUCAGUAGAGGAUUGUGGGAUUCCUCCUCCGGCAACACCUCCAAAGCUGUUGUUC